GAGAAUUGCGCGCGACAGGGCGAUUCGAAGUAAACAUCGUCGAGGGCAGUGGUUAGAGCUGGCGGCGUAGCUUUGGAAACAAGCUGUAGAUCGCAUGUUAGAUGUUUUGCUUAUUUAAAUGCCUGUUGAUGAGAAAAAUGACUUUUGCAUUAGCAGUGGCGUUUCGCCAGAUGGAACCGGAAGGAGUCAAAAUAUAAAUUCCUCAUUAUAUUUAUGUGUAGGCAUGUAAGCUAGAGUUAGUUAGCUAUAUUUUAGGUUACACCAUUAAGAAUCCCUUGGAGUUAAUCCAGUAUUUUUAGAAUGGACUGCGUCUCGACCGGAGGCAAUGUAAAAGUGCUGGCAAAAGCAAUACACUCCCUUUCAAGGAUUGGAGAAGAACUUUACUUGGAACCCAUGGAGGAUGGGCUAACUCUUCGUGCUGUGAACUCAUCCCGAUCAGCCUUCGCCUGCUUCAUGCUGUCUCCACUGUUUUUCCAGAGGUACCAGGCUCCUCCAGACCAAGCCUUCCACUGCAAAAUGCCCAUUAAGAGUGUACAGGCAGUGUUCAGGUCUCUGUCCUCCCUUGAACGCUCAGUGGAGAAGUGCCGUAUUCAGAUGAACAGUGAGAAGAGUCGUCUGACCAUCACACUACACUGCAAACAUGGGCUUUUAAAAACACACAACCUGUCCUUUCAAGAUUGUGAGAGCUUGCAGGCAGUGUUUGACAAAGAGAGUCGUGGCAAUGUGCUACAAGCCCAACCCAGGUUGUGGGUGGAUACAGUUCUGCACUUUCCACCUUCUCUGGAAGAAGUGUGUGUGUCAGUAAGUGGUGAGCGGGUGUGGCUCAAGAACCAUGUGGAGGAUGAUGCAGACCCAUCACGAGCAAUGAUGACUGAGUUGUGUUUGAGUUCAGAGGAGUUUGAUCAUUUUGCUAUCAGCUCUCAGAACAGCAUUACUUUCUGCCUCAAAGAGCUCAGGGGUUUGCUGACAUUUGCGGAGUCAUCUGGUCUCCCAGUCUCUAUGUACUUUGAUGACCCUGGCAGCCCAGUGGUCCUGAGUGUGUCAGACAGUGUUCUGGAGGCUAACUUUGUACUCGCCACUUUGUCUGAAGACUCACACCAACACAGCCAUAGCAACAGCAAAGCAGAGAGGUGCAAGGCCCAGCCCCCACCUGAUGACUUCAUGAGUGAUGACAUGGACUCAUACCUCAUUGCUAUGGAGACAAGUGAACUUGCUGUACCAUCCUAUGAGCCUGCCCCCCAUCCCUGUUCCACCAAUCACAGAGCUCGACUGUCCAGCACGAGGCAAGAAGAAGAGGAGGAGGAGGAGGAGGAACUGCUAGACAGACCGCCAAGUAAAAAGUUCUGUUCGCUUUUCUUUGGCUCUGUACUACCUGCUUCCACUCAACUGACCAGUCAGACAACACGGAGCCAGGAAGUGCUUGCCAGUGACAGCGAGGAUGAGGGAGAAAAGGAAUAACCACAACAGUCAUCAGUCAUGUACGUGGAAAAGACAUAAUGGACAAAGAAAAUCUGUAAAAUGAAGAAACUUCACUAGACCCUAUAGAAAUAAAGACUGAGGUGGAAGAACCAUAUCAAACUGGAAAUACAAUCCUUCUAUUUUAUUGUUCUUCGAAGCUGUCUUUUAAAGGCUGAAUCAGUGAUGGAGCAGUGAAAAUAAUACACAUCAUAUAUAAAUCAUUGUUCUGGACAUUAAAAUAUAGCCCCUGCUGCCUUA